CUCAAAAAGUGAAGCGGCGUGUUGUAAGUGCUGAUUGAAAAUGACAAGUGCAUAGUGUGUGGAUGCUGCGCGAAGGAAAGUUAAAGGGCCUUGCACUUGCGUGGCUGGAUUUAGCGGCACAGAGCGGCGGAAGGGGGAAAGGAAAAAGAGAGAAGGGGACCCACGGAGAUUGAACGGCAGGCAGAGCGCGGCGGCCGCGGCAGUCUCGGCCGCGUUUGCAAACACAAAACGGACCUGCUUUCCCCUCCCUCCAGCAGCGCGACUUCCUGUUCUCAAAAACUACAAGCAACAACCAAAAACGUAGUGUGUACACACAGUCGAGACUACGAGUCGGUGCGCGUUCGUGAAAAUUGCGAGUGACCGUGCGAGUAAUAAUCGGUAAUUGUGGAAUUGUAGGUACGAGUGUGCGUUAGUCGUGUGUCUGUAUCCGUGGCUAUAGCAGCCCGAGGCGGCGUGGGAGAGGAGAAAAUGUUCUCACGGUCCGGCAGCGGCGGCGGUGGCGGCAGCGCGUGAGCAUCUUGCUCCGUCGGUCUUUUUUCGCGCGCAGCACCAAGAAGAUGAGUAUGCUGUCGUCACAGACACCCUCGUCGCAUCAUCAUCAUCAGGAUGGCGGACGUGCGGUAGUCGUUUGGGAAUGGGAGAAUAGACAAGGCCGAUGGAGGCCAUAUAGCCCGGCAGUCUCGCAACAUCUCGAGAGAGCUUAUUGCAAGAAUCUGACCAGGGUGUUCCUUAACGAUGCCGAUCCUAGUCUUGACAGCUAUUUCUGUACCAGGUACUACAUCAAUCUGAAAACCAACACUCAGUGCACGGAAGAGGGUGACGAAACCCAUGGAGUUCGACGGAUGUUUUAUUUACCUGGAUCUCCGGCUGGUAAAGGUGCCAAAUGGGAGUGGGCCGGAGACACCGAUGAUUGGCAUACUUACGACAUGGAAGUGCAAUGUUUGAUCGAAGAGGCUUGGGCUAGGGGAGACAAAACAAUCGACGUUUCGAAAACUUAUUUGGGCUUCCCAUACAUCAUAAACUUUUGUAAUUUAACACAAGUGCGAUGUUGCACGGGCUACGUAAGGCCAAUCAGGCGCAUUCAGCAAGCUCCCUAUCCUCUGGUCAAGAUUAAGUUGGAAGACUUGCAAACAAGUACAGGAAGAAGAACUACCUCUAUAGCAGCUAAGCCCAACAACACCAAACCAACGAGCAAGAAACCUCCGAGCAAUAGUAAUAAUAACAACAGUAACAACAAUAACAAUCAUCCAAAGAAGAGUAGUAAAAAGAAUAAGCACGGCGAAACGGGCACGUCGAACAUUGCUCGUGUCAUAUUGAGCAAUUUCAAUAUAUUUAGCAACAACAAGCACGCCAUAGACAAUCAUCAUCAGCACAGCAGUUCCGGUCACGCGGUUCAAAGCUCGCAUACUAAUAAAAGACGAACAGCAUGGGAUACGGUCCUCGAUGCCGAUUCUAGCAGUACGAAAAGCGGUAGGAGGCCAAGCGUCGACACCGUUUCCACGUAUCUUAGUCACGAGAAUCCAGUCGAUCUGCUGGAUACCAGCAUGUGCAGCGAAGAUUCUUUUAAGGAUGCCGUUGUUGUGGAUGGAGCUUCGGAUGUAAUAUCACACUAUGUCAAGGUAGUCGAAAGUGAUGGCACAGAGUCUUGUCCCAUAUGUUUGGGCACUCCGGAACCAUUGACGGUCGAAUUAACUCGCUGCCGACAUAGAUUACACUUAGCUUGUUUAAAUGCAAUGCUGAGUUCACAGCGAGAUCCUAAUCAUCGUCAUCCUGUUUAUAUUCAGUGUCCAGUUUGUCGCAUGAUUUAUGGAGAGAAAAGAGGUAAUCAACCACCCGGUACUAUGAACUGGACAAGAUUGUCAAGAUGCCUGCCUGGUUAUCCAAAUACGAAGACUAUUCAAAUAACUUACGACAUUCCAUCGGGAAUUCAAGGGCCCGAACAUCCUCAUCCAGGCCAAACUUACUAUGCUGUAGGUUUCCCACGAGUCUGUUACCUACCAGACACCGAGCACGGCCGUCGCGUAUUAAGGCUAUUGCAAAUAGCUUUCGAACGAAGACUGAUUUUUACAAUCGGACGUUCCGUCACCACAGGUCGUGAAGAUGUAGUCACUUGGAAUGGCAUUCACCAUAAAACUGAGCUAGGACCGUCUACUUCUGGUCACGGCUAUCCCGAUGUCACAUACCUCGAUCGUACCAUUUCUGAAUUGGCCUCUCAUGGGGUAACCGAUUACGCUACGCAUCUCUAUCAGGAGCUGAAUUAAAGCAUAUAUAUAAUUCCAACAAAUGAAAAAGUAUUGAAAAUCGGUAUUCCUAGUUUGUUUUGAUUCCUAAUUUUCUGCCUUUUUUAUUUUGAGCUUCUUAGUUAGCUGAAUCUUUAAAGAAGUAGGAUUUGCGAGAAGAUGUAAAAUUAUAAUUGCUAUUUUUUCUUUUAUUGGUAUGCGAUUUAUUCUAGGGCAUUACAGAUCAUCAAUUGUUACGUCCUCUAUUUAUUUUUCAAAUUUUAUUUACGUAUCGAUUAUCGUAUAGAGUCUUGCAUUUACUUAUUUAAUCAAAUAUAAUUGGCAGCAAAAAAAAUCUAUCGUUUGUGUUAUAACUAUUGCUAGAAUGUUUUUUAUGUUUACAAAAAAAGUGCCGUUACAAUUUACCUCUAAUCCAUAUUACACAACGGAUAAGGAAUCGAGUCGUUUAAUGUAAAACUAACAUAUUUUUAAACUAUAUUUAGUGUUGACUGGUAAGAUUUACUAUGGUGAAAGAAUUUAGUAUCGAUCUUUGGUAGUAUUUAGUAGGUAUUUUAAAAUUACAGCGUAAAGUUAUUUAUUUUAGUAAUCUUAGAUAUUGAAGUCACGUCCAUCGCAGUAACUUUUUUUCCAAGGUUUAAGAGCUAAGCAAUAACAAACUUCCAUAGUUCCACUGUAGUAAUUAUUUAUAGCUUAAUAUUAUAAUGUUAGUGCAUUAACAAUUAUUCGGGGCGUAGCAAGGAACUGAUAGAUUAUGUAAGUCAUUAAAGACUAAGCUGACUGUACUGAUUUUGCCAAGAAAGUAUUUUUCUGUUCAAGCAUUUAAAUAUUGUAAAAUUUAAUUAAAAACAGUCAUAUAUAUAAAUAUGUAGGUAUUCUUUUUAAAUUGGGUAAUGUACGUAUCACGGCAUUUUUUAAUACCGUGGUAUAAUGCAUGUACAAUUAUUUGUACUAUCCAGUUCUUCCAGUAAUUUAAGAGUAUAUACAAAGAGAUUUAACAUAAGUCCUAAGCUAAGAUUAUUAAAAUUUCUAUGUUACAAAAUUUAUAUUAUUUUAUAACAAAUUAUAAGAAAUAAUUACGUUAUAACAACCUGAUAAAAAUUGAGCUUAUAUUCAAUGUACAGUUCAUAAACAGGAAAAUUUAUGUAAUAAAAUAUAUAAAAACAUUCUUAUGGUGUUUAUGUUAAUUUUUAUGAAUUCAGUUAUUCAAUUGGUUAUCUUUAGGUUUUAAAUAAACGAAAAAUGU